AAUGAGCGAAGCGCAGCACGAGAUCUCCGAAGCGUCUAAAGAGACUAGGGCGGCCCAACAGCAACUGCGUGGGGCCUCAAAGAACAGCGCCUUCGAGGCGACCCUGAAGGCGAUGCUCAAGGCGGCGCGGAAGAAGCGCAGCAUCGCGAGGUGGAGAGGACUGGAAACGUUCUUCGAGGGCUAUGUACGGCAGCUCGAGAGGAUCAGGCGGAACAUCAAGGACGAGGACGGCAAGGUCCUUCGGGACCCCACGUUUAUUCGCCAACGGUGGGCACGGUGGUUCCACAAGCUUCUCAACACCAAGUCGCCGACCAUUGACCUGCAUGCGGCUGACAAGGUCAAGCGGUGGCCCACGUGCGUGCCACUCGACGACAUCCCAUCUCUACUUGAGGUUGAGGAAGCGGUACGGGAAAUGGCCAACAGAAAGGCCGUCGGGCCGGACGACCUACCGGCUGAGCUGAUCAAGCUUUUCCUGGACGGAGAUCAAGGCCUCCUCCGCGAAUUCCACGCCAUCGUCGUAGACGUGUGGCAGACGGGGGACAUGCUGGCGGUCAUUCGCCACUUCCGCGAGGGCAUGGGGGCGCGCGUCCGAACGGACGACGGGCAGUACUCGGAAUGGUUCGACGUGGGCCAAGGCCUCCGACAGGGAUGCAACCUUGCCCCGCUGCUGUUCAACUUGUUCUUUGCCGCGAUGCUCAUGGUUGCCGUGGCCGAGUUCGACAAGGACCCCAAGGUCGGCGGGGAAUACGACAGUGGUGAUGGGCGCGGAGGCCCUGUGGGCCAUGACUCGGACAUCGUCUCGCGCUCGCCGGAGAGUCUCGAGAAGAUGAUGUCGGUCAUCGUGCGCGUGGCCGGCCUGUUCGGACUGAUGGUAUCGGAGCCAAAGACGGAGAUGGUGUGCAUGCUGCCGAAAUGGAUCGAGAGACGCCCGGUCACGGUCAGCGCCGCCGGCCAGACGUACAAGCAGACAGAUCGGUUUGUGUACCUCGGACGUACCAUCUCCGCGGACGGGAAGGCCGACCGGGAGAUCACGAGCCGCAGCUGCCGAGCGUGGAAGUGCUACCGCCGGAACAGUGCUUCGAUGUACGACAGGCGACGGGCCGACCGCCAGCUCAAGAUCCGGCUACUCCAGGCUGAAGUGGUGGAGAGUCUCCUAUACGGGUGCGCCUCGUGGAGCCUAACAGCGGAGCACUACACGAAGCUCAAUGGGACCCACCGCCAGUUCCUCACACGGUGCAUCGGCUGGAGCAAGCGGAAACGCUCAGACCGCCCCCUGUCCUAUGCCCAGGUUCCAUCCAGGCCAGGCUGCGAGGAAACCAUCGAGGCCACCGUGCGCAAACGGAGACUGUGUUUCGCGGGCUUUGUUAUGCGCAUAGAGGACAACCGCCUCCCCAAGCGCAUGCCGCUGGGAGCGAUGGCGGGGGGCGUGGGAUACCGGGGCGGGCAGGAGAGCGACUGGGUGUCUCGUCUAGGAGAGGACCUCGUGGCCUUCAACAUGGGAGACGAAAAGGAAGGGGGGAAAUGGAAAGAGAGCGCCAAGGACCCGGAGGUGUGGUACAACAAGGUCGAGGACGGGGCGGCAUGGUUCAUGAGGAAAUGGCACAGGCAGGAGGCGGAAGCGUCCGCGAAGCGCCAGCGCGCGAGGGAAGCAGAAGCAGAGAGUACGGCCAUCUCUGGACCGAAGAGAAAGAGAGUCGGGGAAGCGGCGGUAGGGGGGAACNAG